UGGCUGCCGGGGCCGGGCGGGGAGCAGACGCGCGGAGCGCACGGCCGGGGAGGCUGCCGCCGCUGCUGAGUGCGCCCCGCUCUCGCCCGCCGCCGCCGGGGACCAUGGUCUGCCCGGCUCGCUUUGCCCUCCUCCUCCUCGCGGCAGGAUUGCAUCUUCACUCUGCACAUUCAGAAGUUGAAUCCUCUCUCAGUCCUUCUGAGAGAAAUACCAUUACGUCAGAAUCAACUCAAACCACUGUCCCCGUCACCCCUGCUGCUAGCACAUCAGCAGACAAGCUACAAUCAGCAUCAGAAGCAACAGCGACCACUUCAAGAGACAAAGUCACCUCAGGACCAGUUGAACAGGGCAACACCACAAUCUCCUUAGGCACCACAAAAGAGUUGUCAGCUGCCACUACACAACUUGCCUCAUAUACAGAAACAGCAGAUGUUUCAGCCACCAGCCCAUCACCGUCAUCAACCACUGGGUCAGAAUCAACAGCCACAGAACACAUCUCCAGGACUUCAGUUGCCAGCCUGACAAAUACAACAGCUCCAGAUACAGCCACCCCUUCCGCAACAGCUCCAGAUACAGUCACAACAGCUCCAGAUACAGCCACCCCAGCAACGACCUUCUCUCACCUAACUAAUACCGUGUCUUCAUCGUCGUCGGCAGGUUCUUCCACACAGACCACCAUUACAAAUCAAAACACAACCCAGCUGCCAAACACAUCCACGGCAGCACCUGCUACAGAGGAUGCCCCGACUAAAAAGACACCCCCAGAGUCCCUCUCAUCAGGCCCAGCGAUCAGACAAAAAUCUCAAGUGACUUUGGCAACCAAGUCUGUCACAGAGGCCACCUCCACUGAGAGCACCACUUUCUCCACAGGAGUAACCAUGGAAGAGGUCCAGCGGGCUUUAAGUUCAGGAAGCAUUGCAGCCAUUACAAUAACAGUCAUUGUGGUGGUAUUGCUGGUGUUUGGGGUUGCAGCAUACCUUAAGAUCAGACAUUCUUCGUAUGGAAGGCUGUUGGAUGAUCACGAUUAUGGAUCCUGGGGAAACUACAACAACCCUCUCUAUGACGACUCUUAGCAAAGGAAAGUUAAUUGGGACAAGAAAUAAAUGUUCUUAUUUAUAAGUGCUUACACAGUAGAACAACAACAAGUCACCUGGUAUUCAUUCAGUUCCAGUUCCAUGCCAUCAUCUUCUCUUCCUGCUGCUUCUUCCUCGGUUAUACAAGGGAAUCAUAAUUUUAAGACAAGACUAAAUGCUGAAUCACAACUGCAAUGGGACUAAACUGAAGCUGACAGACUGCAGUCACAGUCUCGAAACCAAAGGCAGUCACUCCACAAGCGCAAUAAAUUUGAGUUUAUGCUUUUAA